AUAAUUAAAAUGACUAGGAUAAGUAAGAUAGCCGUUCUCUCUCUCUCUUUUGAAGUUGUAAAUACAACCUCGAGUAACUUGUUUGAUGAAAUGGAAUGGACUAAAAAUAACUAAAACAACAAUGUCUGUCUUGCGAUUCUGAACGGAAACUCAGGGCAAGGGGGAAGGGUUAGCGCUCUCAAUUGGUUGGCCAGAAACCGUAACUUUUAAGUAAAAAAAAGAGUAAAGAAGAAGAGCAUUGCCUUUGGGAGUUGGGAAUGAGAGAGAGAGUGUUAACGGUCAUACUUGUUGUGUCAUGUCUUCUAAUGAGAGUGCCACGUCGAUGUCGGUCAACUGUAUGGGGUCUACUUAUUCUCCCAUCUUCGGUUCCGUACCUUUACUUAUUUUCGCACCUUUUCUUUUUUUCUUUUGGUUACGAUCUCUCUCUCAUGCCUCGAAAGAAAUAAGAAGAAAAAUAAACGAAAUCUAAUAAAUGAUGAUGUUGUUUGACUAGAAGAACUGGGUGCAAUUUACUAAAAAAACCCUUUUCUAAGUUUUCUUUUCCGGCCAUCAACUAAAAUAAUAUGGAAAUUGAAGGCAGAGAAAAUUGUCAGUAAACUAAUAAAAAAGGCAAGGACGUUGAUGAGAGAGACUGCGAGAGAGAGAGAGAGAGUGAGAGAGUGAGAUGGGUUUAAUAGAGAGAGUUCAUUAAAAUAAUACUAAAAGGUUUUGUUUAUUAGUUUGGGUCGUGCUUUAAAGAGGAGGAGCCGAAAAGCGGGAGAGAGUGAGGGAGAAAGAGAGAGAGAGAGUGUUGUUGUUUUCUUUUUUCCCUUUUUGUUUUGUUUUGGUAACCAAAGAAUCGCCGGAACAAAAAGAAGAAGAAGAAUGCGAAGAAGAAGAUGGACAACAACAAGAGCAUUGGCGUGAACGAGCAAGUUCUCGAGAAGCAAAUCGGCGGUUGCAUGGCCGGCUUCUUCAACAUCUUUGAUCGGCCUCAUCUCCUCUCUCCCAAGCGUCUCUCCUCCUCCUCCUCCUCCUCUUCCUCUCCGCCGAGCCCUGAAUCUUACUCCGCCUCCGAGAGGAGUUCCCCUCUUGUUGUUAAAUCGAGAUAUCAGAAGAACAAGAGUGUCUAUUCUACCCCUGACCUGCUCCUCUCUCCGUCGUCCCCUGAUUCCCCUCAUCUUCUCACCAGAUCCCCGCCGCUCCCUCCCCCCGAUCAAGUUCAUGGACGAUCUCCUUCUUCUNUGCCACGUCGAUGUCGGUCAACUGCAGAGAAAAUUGUCAGUAAACUAAUAAAAAAGGCAAGGACGUUGAUGAGAGAGACUGCGAGAGAGAGAGAGAGAGUGAGAGAGUGA